AUGGCAUCAAAGGAGUGGAGUAACUUCCAUGUGGGAAGAGAAUGUAGCCACCAAAAGUGGUCUCGACGAAACACCCCCAAGUUCACCAUAUCCUCCGGCGAGACUGUUUCUUUCGAUGCUAUUGAUAGUAGCAAUGGUCAACUCGAUACUUCAUCCACAGCCUCGGCCAUCGAGACAUUAGAUCUCGGUCUAGCCAAUCCCGUCUUCGGCCCCAUCUAUAUGAACGACGCUCAACCCGGCGAUGUCCUCAAGGUAGAAGUCUUAGAUCUCGAGGUCGCCGACUGGGGCUGGUCCGCCAUUAUCCCAGGCUUCGGUCUGCUGGCAGACGAAUUUCCAGAGCCAGAGAUCAAGAUCUGGGAGCUAAACCGCGAAGCAGGCUUCGCCCAAUUCAAAGACAUGCGUAUUCCCUUACGUCCCUUCCUCGGAUGCAUGGGUCUCGCCCCAGCCAACGACGAAGAACUCUCGACCGUGCCGCCCACAAACGCAGGCGGAAACAUGGACUGUCGAGAACUAAGCGUCGGCUCCACCGUUUUCCUCCCCGUUCAGACUGCCGGCGCUCUCUUCAGCUGCGGUGACGGUCACGCUGCACAGGGUCACGGCGAGGUCUGUGGCACUGCCAUUGAAACCCCGAUUCGCGCUACCCUCCGCUUUGAACUACUCAAGAACCAAGCUUGGAUGACGGCCCCCCAGUUCCAGACUCCUCCCCGCGCCCAAAUACCAAACCCCCUUCCCGACCUUGGAACAUACGGUGCUCUUGGUAUUGCUCCUGAUUUGUACGAGGCUACUAGAAUUGCUACUCGGAACCUUAUUCAGUGGCUGGUGCAUACUAAGGGUCUCACUCGCGGUGAAGCAUACAUGCUUGCUAGUGUUGCUGGUGACUUGCACAUUGCUGAAGUGGUUAACGUGCCUAACUUUGAAGUGGCUAUGACACUGCCCUUGGGCAUCUUCUCUUGA